AUGUUCAAAAAUUCCUCGAAUUAUGAGCUACUCGAAAUCAAUUUGCACAGUGAAGGCAAAAUUCCGUUCAUCUUGUUUUUAGAUCAGAAGAAAUUUCCAAGAUUGGUAAAGCUUCGAAAACUCUGGCCGAUGCCCGGCGAGUUUGCGUUGCGAUUCGUUGCGAGACCCGGCCGAUUGGCGAUUUACAAAAACGAGCGAAUCUUCGAGGAUUUCGAGAUUCCAUUCAAGUCUUGGAAAAUUUCGCGAAUUCAAAUCAAAGGAAUGAAGUCGACUCGAUAUUUGAAGCAGAAUUGCAAUUGUAGAUCAAUAGCUCAAAAAUCGCAAGAUUUGAAGAAUUGCCUGAAUAUCUAG